AUGAUCUUCCUUGAGAAUGUAAAGAUAACGCCGCCUCAAAAAGUGGAGAUCAGCAACCACCCGAACAAGAAGAAGAUCGACGUAAAGGUUGGCGAUUCUCGUCGCUUGGAAUGCGUGGUUCGAUCGGCGAAACCAGCUGCCUCGAUCGUCUGGUAUCGCGGAAACGUUCAGAUCAAAGGGGGUGACACGGUCAUUACGCCGAUUUCCAUCGAGGGUGAUAAAGAAGUACAGAAGCCAGGAGAGAACAAGAAAGAAUUGCUCAAAUACGACACCCACGGUUCCAUCGUCAUCGUCCCCACUGCUGAUGAUAAUGAUAUGGAUUACACCUGCGAGGCUAAUCACCCUGCGAUACCUAUCGACAUGCCUCUGAGAGCAACCAUCAAACUCUCUGUAUUUUAUCCGCCCGGCAUGCCGUAUAUCGAGGGCUACACCGAGGGAGAGACCGUGAAACGUGGACAACAAUUGGAGCUAACUUGUCGAUCUCGCGGCGGAAACCCACCCGCGCAGAUCAUCUGGUACAGAAACAACGAACAAGUUAUGACUAUGUACAGGACGGAGGGUAGCUUCUCUGAAAACGUGUUGUCGAUCAUCGCGAAAGCGCAGGAUAACAACGCGAGGUACAGAUGCGAGGUGUUCAACAUCAUGAGCGUCGAGCCUAUGAAGGUGCACGUGGAUCUCACUGUGUUCUUCGCGCCAUCCGGAGUGACGAUCACGGGACCCACGGAAGCGAAGGCUGAAGAACAAGUGGUGAUCACCUGCACCACGGAGAACUCGAAUCCUCCUGCUGACAUCAAGUGGACCGUGGACGGACACAAUUUCGAGAGCAACGCUUCUCGAACCGAGCCUGCACCUCAAGGCGGCUGGAUCACCUCGUCGAACGUGACGUUCACCAUAAAUCGCACCAGCCGCAACAUCGUGGUGAUAUGCGACGCGUCCAACGUCAAGCUGACGGAGAACGUCGUCAAGACCCACACCAUAACCGUGAUUUAUCCACCGUCGAAACUUAACAUCACCGGCCUCGAGGAGGGGACGACGAUCGACGCUGGCACGGUGCUGAAAUUGAUGUGCACCGCCACUUCCGGAAAUCCCCUCGCCACGUUAACCUGGUACAAGAACGACAAGAAGGUAUUGGGAACCAUAAGAACACGAGACCACGCGAUUUCCAGCGAGUUGGCCAUUCUCGUAAACGCGUCCGACAAUAACGCGCGCAUACGAUGCGAGGCAGCGAAUUCCGCCACUGAAAUUCCUCUGCUCAAAGUGCUUGUCCUGAAAAUUAACUUUCCGCCUGAGAAAGUCAAGAUCACCCGCGAGCCGCAGAAUCUGCACGCGGGCCAGGAGGGUCGUAUCAUUUGCGAAUCGAGCAGCAGUAAUCCAGCAGCGGAGAUGUCGUGGUGGAAGGGUGGUAUCCCGGUGCAGGGUACCAAAAAUGGCACUAAGCCCGGCUUACACGGCGGAUUUCUGUCGUUCGUGGAGCUCACGUUGGACGUGACGGAAGAAAUGAACGGGGAGCUGUACACGUGUCAGGCGAGAAACAAUCAAAUGGACAGGUCUAUUCACGACGCCACCACCCUCGACGUAUUGUACAAACCGAUAUUCUCCUCGAUCGAGCCUUACGAAUUAAUCGGAAUGGAGGGCGAGCCUUUCGUGAUUUCCGUCUCAGCUAUGGGAAACCCUAACGAGAUAAGGUACACGUGGACAAGGGAUGGUUUGCCCUUGGUGAGUAAUAACAGGAGAAUAUCUGUCCGUGCUGCGACAUUGAAUAUUACCAAGCUGGAUCGUCACGAUGCUGGAACUUAUAUCUGUGAGGCGACUAACGACGAAGGAACCACGUUCUACCAAUUGAACUUGACCGUCCAGUACUCGGCAAAGAUUAAACGCACCUCGGCGUCCGGAAUAGUGUAUCCACCAAGAAUCGAAGCAAAAUUGUUCUGCGAGGUGGAUGGUAGCCCCAUAGGAGACGAGUACGUCACGUGGCAGAAAGUUGGCUCGAACUCGGAGCUCUCUGGCAGAUAUUCCACCUCUUUCAUCAACAAAACCUCUUAUCUGCACAUCGAAAGCCCUGAUCAGGAAGAUGUCGGAGAAUAUCAGUGCAAAGUUAACAAUGGAAUCGGCAACGUUACCUCCGAACCCAUCCUUUUCGUUACGAACUUCAAACCGCAAAUGCUGAACACUCCAUUGACGAGAAAGGCAGCAGCGAACAAGGGAAUAAACGUGCAAUUGUUCUGUAAAGCCAGAGGCUCGCCCCUGCCACGGUUUAGCUGGACAUUCAAUGGGAAAACCCUGUUGCCAAAUGUUACUGAGCACAAAUAUAACAUUUUGCACACUGACCUAAGCGAAUUAAUUUCCGAGUCGACGCUGACCAUUUUCCUCGUGACGUCGCACGAUUACGGGAAAUACGAGUGCCGAGCGAUGAACAAAAUGGGACAGUCGUCGGAUAUCAUACACCUGGACGUGACGUCGCCGCCAGACAAGCCGAGCGACCUCGAGGUCUACAAUGUCACCCACGACUCCGUCACCCUGAUGUGGAAAAGAGGAUUCGACGGUGGCUUGCCGACCUCCUAUCAGAUUCGUUGGCGAGAGGCUCUCGACUACGAGGAUCGAUAUCACUAUCUGGAUGUAUCGCCGGGAGAAUAUAAAACCACGAUAACGGGACUGUCCCUCGGGACUUACUAUGUGUUCAGCGUGAAAGCCAUUAACGAGAAGGGGGACAGUGGCUUUCUCCCGGACCUGGUUAAAGUUCAGACGCUACGGGAGGCACCACCUACCGACGUGACAUCCAGCGAGAUUAAUUCUUCCUACAUCAUCGUCAUUAUCAUCACUGUUUCCGCCUCUGUUUGCCUACUCAUUGCUGCGCCCAUAGUCUUUGCUACAUUAAAAUCGAAAAAGAAGGCCCAUCGUUCCGGACCGAAUAACGCUGAGAACCUGCCGGACGUUCUCUUGGAAAAGGGGGAUUUUACAAUGAAUUAUAUCUAUACGUUUGCAGCAACCUCCCUCAUCUUUUUUAUCAUUAAUAUCUCCAUCAUCGUGUUGUGGUACAUUAUGAGAAAGCGAAAUAAAUCUCGAAUAAACAAAUCGCAAACGGCGGAUAUGUACGCGCCAUCAACCGUGAAUGGAGACACCAUGACCGGCGAAUUAAGUUCGGUUUCGGACGAGAAGAGCGACGUUAACUUCGACACUAACGAUUACGUGGACGAGGGACGAAAGACAGCAGCUAGCACGUAUUUGAUAGAUCAAACUAUGCAAGAUUUUGGGAAAGGGAACAUGGAAAUGCAGGUACAUCAUCAAGGAACCCUUGGUCGUCGUGGCAACCACAUUCAACCACCGAUGAGCAUGGAUUCACCGCCACAGCGAACAACAGCCAGUGGGACACUUUCUGUUUCGAAAUCGAGUUACAUCGGAAACCCCAGCCCAGCGCCGCCAAACGACGUGAAUUUCUACAGCGUGGAGAUCGACAAUGGUCGUUAUUUGGGAUACGAGACGAAUCACAGUCCAAUUCCGGUGGUAGGUGAUCCAGGUUCUGGCAGCUAUUAUCCAUCCAUGAGUCCAACCGGACAUAUGAUGUCGAGUCACGUGAGCAGCGGGACAGGCACGCUAACACGCAGCAGAACCCUACCACGUCCGGUCCCGCCACCGGAUGUAACCGUAAUGACCGCAGGCUCAAAGUCACCGAUACCACCGUCGGUACCACCACCACCUACUACAUUUGCUCGGUCGGUAUCUAGCAACGCGCACACCCACGGUCACCCGUUGUCGACCUUCACUCCCACGCCAGCCUAUUCCGACAUUGAUGGCCAUCUUGUCUGAGGAUCGCCGAUUUUCGGCCCCAGUUCGGUGCGUGGCAAGUAUCGUGCCGUUCCGAGGGACGAGACUAUCGUCGUAACAGAAAGAACCA